AUGGUGGCCCUUGACGUCGGCGCUGACGGCCUGCCCGGUAGCGCGCACGUUGCCUCGCUGCUGCCGGACAACCCCGAAGGCCGGCAGUGGGACGUGCAAGACGGCGUGCCCAUCAACCGGCUGGAGGCGGACUUUCUGUCGUUCAUCCAAUCGCUCGAAGACGAGUUUCAGCGUACCCAGGACGCCUUUGCCGAUGGGGACACGCGGGAGCGCGCGAUUCUUAUCAGCGUCACGCCGGGCAGCAGGCUGGCCGCCGAGGGAUCGCUGGCGGAGCUUGCCGAAUUGGCCGACUCUUGCGGCGUGGCGGCGGCGGACCGCGUUAUCCAGGCCCGGAGCCGGCGCGACCCGCGCUACGUCCUCGGUCGCGGCAAGCUGGACGAGGUCGUCGUGCGCAGCCUGCAAGUCGGCGCCGACCUGCUCAUCUUCGAUCAAAGCCUGACGCCCGGCCAGAGCCGUGCCAUCGCCGAGCGCACCGAACUCAAAGUCAUCGACCGCACCAUGCUCAUCCUGGACAUCUUCGCCCAGCACGCCCACAGCCGCGAGGGCAAAUUGCAGGUCGAACUGGCGCAAUUGAAAUACCUCAGGCCGUACCUUGCCGGCCAAAGCACCGCCCUGUCACGGCUCACCGGCGGCAUUGGCGGGCGCGGCCCCGGCGAAACCAACCUGGAAAUCGACCGGCGGCGGGUGCAGGACCGCAUCACUCACCUGGAGAAACAACUGCGCAGCGUGACACAAGGCCGCCACCUGCGCCGCCGUCAGCGCCAGCGCCACCACCUGCCGGUGUUGUCCAUCGUGGGCUACACCAAUGCCGGCAAAUCGACCCUGCUGAAUGCCCUAACCAACAGCCAGGUACUGGUGGAAAACCGUAUGUUCGCCACCCUCGACCCGUCGAGCCGGCGCCUGCGGUUUCCUCGUGACCUGGAGGUGAUCAUCACCGAUACGGUGGGCUUCAUGCGCGACCUGCCGCCCGACCUCGUGGCGGCGUUUCGCUCCACGCUCGACGAACUGCACGAUGCCGAUCUGUUGUUGCACGUCGUGGACGCCGGCAACCCAUACAUGGACGAUCAUAUGGAAGCGGUUGAGCGCAUUCUCCGCGACCUCGACAUGCGCGAAACCCCGCGCCUUGUCGUGCUCAACAAAAUGGACCUCAUCGAGCCCGAAGUGGCGGCCAACCUUGAACGCUUGCACCAGGGGGUCGCCAUUUCCGCCCACGACCGCCGUUCCCUGGCCCGUCUGAUCGACCACCUGCAGGGCGUGAUUUGGGAACAACUGCACGACGACCCGCGUUUCGGCGGGGUCGCCGCAUUGGCCGGCGAAAUGCCGUUGGAUUGA